GCGGACAUCUUGUCGCCGUCUGGCAGGGCCGACCGUGCGCAGGUGGGCGAGCCCCGGUCGGGCUCCGAGGCGACGGGAGGGGACCCCGGCCCCCCGGGGGGAGCCUGGCGGCGGCGGAAGCGUACUCAGGAACCUGGGUCCGAGCCGGGACCCUCACGGCUCCGCGCCGUCCUGACCGUGCGGGCCGGGCCGCAGGGGGGAGCCCGGGCGAGAUCCUCCGUGGCCGCUGAACUGUAACAGGAGAAAGCACUUUACCGAGAGGCGAUGACUCUAGCCACAGCAGGAGCGGCUUGGACGGGCCCUGGUUGUUGCCUUGGGGUGAAGGAUGAAGAGGCAUCUUCUGAGCAGAGCAUUUCGGUGGAAGUGUCGCCUGUGCGUCCUGCCAGGGGACGUUCCUCCACCCAGAUGGCUCAGCCGUGUGACAGAUGUGGCCCCAUCUUGAAAGACAUUUUGCGUCUGGAUGACCACCAGGAAACACGUUAUGGACUGACACCAGACACACGUGAGGCAGGUGGGAGACAACUCUCGUUCGGUGCAAACUUUUACCAGCACCAGAAGCAGUACAACGCAGAGAAGCCCGCCGGGAGAGACAAAGGCAAGGCCACGUUUGCACAGGACUGUGGAGUCUGUGAGGGACCUCAUCCACCAGAGAAGCCCUCUGUGUGUGAGGGGGAUCAGAAGGACUUCCAGGCACGUGGGGACAGUCACCCGCAAAAGGCCACGCUCCGCAAGAGGAAGACGCGGGGCGCUGAGAGUGGGGCGGCCCUGCACAUCGGACAGACGCAUUACAAUUGCACCGAAUGUGGCAAGGCCUUCGGCCGCAAAGACACGCUUGUUCAGCACCAGAAAAUCCACUCUGGGGAGAGGCCUUAUGAGUGCGGCGAGUGUGGGAAGGCCUUCGGCCGCAAAGCCACACUCGUGCAGCACCAGAGAAUCCACACUGGGGAGAGGCCUUACGAGUGCAGUGAAUGCGGGAAGUCCUUUAGCCGCAAAGACAACCUCACACAGCACAAAAGAAUUCACACUGGAGAAAUGCCUUAUAAGUGUGGCGAAUGUGGGAAAUACUUUAGCCAUCACUCCAAUUUAAUUGUGCACCAGAGAGUUCACAAUGGAGAAAGGCCCUAUAAGUGCAAUGCUUGUGGGAAAGUGUUCAGACACAAGUCCACACUUGCUCAGCAUGAGAGCGUCCACACUGGAGAAAAUCCUUACGUUUGCAGUGACUGUGGGAAGCCCUUUGGCCACAAAUACACCCUCAUUAAACACCAGAGAGUUCACGCCGAGACGAGGCCUUUCGAAUGCACUGAAUGUGGGAAGUUCUUUAGUCGAAGCUCUGACUUUAUUGCACACCAGAGAGUGCACACGGGUGAAAGGCCUUUUGUGUGUAGCAAAUGCGGGAAAGAUUUCAUAAGAACCUCCCACCUUGUUCGGCACCAAAAAGUUCACACUGGAGAAAGGCCGUAUGAGUGCAGUGAAUGCGGGAAAGCCUACGGCUUAAGCUCCCACCUCAUCCGGCAUCAGAAAGUUCACACUGCGGGAAGGCUGUAGGAGUGCUGUCAACACGGAAGGACUCACAUGGACAGGAACUCUGUGAUCUUCCUUUGAGAGGAGACAUCAAUCAGAUGUUUUACUUCAUAUAUUUGAACAUUAACACUUGGGAGACACCUUGUUAGGGCAGUUAGGGGCAGUCAGGCUGGCAGGGAGGGGGGCAGUUAGGCACAUCAGGCUGGCAGGCGGAGGCAGUUAGGGGUGAUCAGGAAAGAGAGUUGUUGGGAGCCAGUGGUCCCAGAUUGGAGAGGGUGCAGGCUGGGCUGAGGGGACCCUCCCAUGCAUGAAUUUCGUGCAUCUGGCCUCUAGUAACAUAUAAAAAAUAAUACUGUUUUUUACUCAAAAUUGGGCUAUUCAAAAUUUAGAUCCAAUGAAGAAAACCAACGUAAAGAACUUUAGUGCUGCCGAAACCGGUUUGGCUCAGUGGAUAGAGCGUCGGCCUGCGGACUGAAGGGUCCCGGGUUCGGUUCCGGUCGGGGGCACGUACCUUGGUUGCGGGCACAUCCCCAGUGGGAGAUGUGCAGGAGGCAGCUGAUUGAUGUUUCUCAUCAAUGUUUCUAACUAUCUCUCUCCCUUCCUCUCUGUAAAAAAUCAAUAAAAUAUAUUUUAAAAAAAAAGAACUUUAGUGCUAAGCUGCUUGGAAAACCAUAGAAACACCUUGGAUCUAAAGGGACAGUAUGAAACCAAAGGGUAUAGACCUCCAACGUCUACAUGUAUGAAACUGGCUGAGAAGACUGAGCUGCAACCCCGAGUUACCGUUCAUGAAAAAGGAAGCAUGACUCCCCAGAGCAGAACCCCUAAUGGGGAGCUUCCAGCCCAGUGGGCAGGGCCCUGAACCACAGAUGGUGCUUCCAGGGCUUGAUCCACAUGAUUUUCAAAACGUCUUGAGACUGCUGCUGCUUUUCUCUUUCCAUUUUUCUCCCCCUUUUAAACAGAAUAUAUAUAUAGCUAUCCUAGGUCUGCUCCAACAUUCUCUCUCUCUCUCCCUCUAUAUAUAUAUAUAUAUAGAUUUCAGAGAGGAAGGGAGAGAUAGAAACAUCAAUGAUGAGAAUCAUUGAUUGGCUGCCUCCUGCAUGUCCCCUACUGGGGAUCAAGCCCACAACCUGGGCAUGUGCCCUUGACCAGAAUUGAACCUGGGACCCUUCAGUCCGUAGGCCAAUGCUCUAUCCACUGAGCCAAACCAGCCAGGGCUGCUGCAACACGUAAGAAAUAUUUUUCUUACUGAUUUCAGAGAGGAAAGGAUAGGGAAAACAUCAAUGAUCAGAGAGAAUCGCUGAAAGGCUGCUUUCUGUACACCCCCCACUGGGAUGGAGUCUGCAACCUGAGGGUGUGCCCUGACCAGGUACCCAACCAUGACUGCCUGGUUCAUAGGUCAAUGCUCAACCACUGAGCCACACCAGCUGGGCUGUUCCACCAUUUUAUUUCAGGAACGGUUACUUUGUUUUCUAGCAUCCCAGACCCACAGAUGGGGAGAUAAUGCACUUCAGGGUGACUACACCCAGAAUCUGAACCAUAACUGAUCUGGACAGAUUUGAUGAUCAGGUUCCACACUUCUGAGGUCAUGGGAUUUGGAUGAUGAGUUCAUAUUCGAAUGAGGCCAUUGGAGAUCUUGGGAUAGGUUUAUUUUGUAAACAGAACAGACAGGCAUUUUGGGGAACAAAGGAUAAACUGUAGAAGGCAGACUAAUUGCUCCCAAAGAUGUGCAUGCCCUAAUCCCGAGAACUUGUGCGUGUUCCCCGCAUGGCCGAUGCGACUUUGCAUGUGUUAGUAACGCUGUACUCACGGCAGCAAGACUUACCUCAGUUGGGGUCAAUCUAAUCCCAGGACCAGCUGCAGGGAGAAGGAUGCAGACAGAAGAGCCAGCCCUCUGGCAGGAUGAUCAGCCUGAUGCCCCAGUGCUGGUGCCAGGACACAGCUGUGUGCCAGGACUGGAGAGGAACCCUAGGCGCGAAGGUCAGUCCUGGUUCAGCCAGAACUCUUCAGAGUUCAAACAAAAUGAAGAAAGUGACUGUGACUUUGCAGCUCAGAGAUACUGCGUCCCAUAAGGACAUGGAACUACAUUCUGCCAACAACCCAAACGAGCAGGAAUCUGAUCUCCCCAGAGGCUCUGGAAAGGAACACAACCCACCAUCAUUCAAGAACGAGGAGUCCCAGGGACAGGGAGAGCUGGGCGGGGCGGGGUGGGGCUGCCUACAGAGGCUCUGGUUGGAGGUAAAGGAAGGCAGAGCUCUGAUAUCUGGCUUAAGGGGUCGGGUGACAAGUAGAUGGAUGCCCAGGCACAGAGCCGGGAAAGAGCUCUGGUCUGCCUGGCUUAUCCUACCCCUCACCACUCCCAACUCUGGGUUAUCUGGCCUCCAGGUAACAGGUUCUGCUGCCGUCGACCACUGCAAUCCCCAACAGCCUGUUUUGGGGUCCCCACUGCCUGGGGAAUCCUCCUUAUCCAGUGUCCCUGGCAGCGGUGUCGACCCCCUGGCCCUGCCAUGUGCUCCAGAUGCACCUACUGUGUCCUGGCAGCCAGCCCUCUCCACAGCCCAGCAUCCACACCAGUUUCUGACCCAACAUCCCCUCACUGUCCUUCCACAUCUUCCCCGUGUCCCCAAGGCUGCAAACUGCACCAUUCCUGCACAGACACUCACAGCGCCUCUGGCCCCAGCGACCCACCUAGCACCUCCUGUUGCCUGGUCUCCAGCUCAAAGUGGUGUGCAGACCCUCUGCCCUAGUCCCUGACACCUCAAGGUUUAGCUCUUCUCUGCCUCGCAGCCCUGCCGCAAAGUCACUUCUCGCCCCAACAUCGAACCCGGGUCUGGAGUGAGAGAACGUGGUCCAAAUGGAGCGGGACAUGUGAAUGUUAUCUAGGUGGGUGUUUUGUGGGCAAUCCUGGGGUGUGUACUACCAAUGUGAAGAAGAGGGCUACUUAGCAUUUAAGGGUUGUAGUUUUUCCAGCAAAGGUUCACCUAGUUCAUUCAGGGUAAGCUCUAGGGGAAGUAUUUUACUGGAUACUAUAUAUAUAUAAUAUAUAAAAAACCAAUGAACAGUUACUAUUAUGCCCACUGUGGCCAGCAAACCGCCUGAUCAGGGGGUGGUGUUGGGGUUGGCCCAUCAACCUCCUGCGGCCCCUCCCCCCACUGGCCCACCCCUGUUGGGACUAUCCCAUUCUGAUCAAAGGUGGGCAGGAUGGCCAAACACACCCCCUCCAGCCUUCCCCCUGGCCAGCUCCGCCCCUGUUCCACCCAUCUCACCAUGCUAGGCCUGCAACCCCUCCCCCCAGAUGGCCCCGCCCCUGAUUGCCACCCCACCCCAAUUAGGGGCAGGGCCAGAUGGCCAACCACCCAUGGCCCCUACCCAAGCUGCUGGCUCCCAAUCAGCACCCCCCCACACCCCAUUCAGGGGCAUGACCAGCUGACCCACUGCCCACACUUCCUCCCCAUGGCCGACCUGCCUCCCACAGGCCUCUAAACCCCAAUCAGGGGUGGGGCCCUCCAGCCAAUCACCUGUGGCCCCUUCUCCCAGCCGGCCCAGCCCCGAUCGGCCCUCAAUUGGGGCUCAGUGAGCCAGAACCCACCCAUGCACGAAUUCGUGCACUGGGCCUCUAGUUAAAAAAUAUUCUUAUUGAUUUUGGAGAGGGAGAUAGAAACCUCAAUGAUGAGAGAAAAUUAUUUAUCGGCUGCCUUCUACACACCCCUACUGGAGUUCAAGCCUACAACCUGGGCAUGUGCCCUCCUGACCAGGAAUAAACUGUGACCUCUGGUUCAUAGGUCAACUCUCACCCACUGAGCCACACCAGCUCGGCAUUUUACUGGGAACUUUGAAUGGUCCCCGAGGAAAAAGUAGAGGCCCCCCUUGGGCAGACGCCAAGGCCUUUCCGUCCGCAGAAAAGACUGCUCUCAGCCCGUGAACUUCAUGGUCUGGCGAUCGGUUCUGUUUCUUUCUCUCUGGCAGAGAUCCUAAAAACUAUUUCCUCUAGGUAGUGGGGCUUGCUUAUACUUCAACUUGCGGAGCUGAUUGAACUUGUUCUGUACCCACACUGAAAAUAAUUAAAAGCAAGCAUCCAGCACAGCUGGCAUGGUCAGUGGUUGAGCAUUGACCUUUGAACCAGGAGACUGAAAUUUGCAUUCCUGGUCGGGGCACAUGCCUUCGUUGCUGGCUCCAUUCCCAGUACAGGGCAUGCAGGAGGCUGAUCAACGAUUCUCAACAUUGAUGUUUCUCUCCUUCUCCCUUCCUCUCUGAAAGAAAACCAACAGAAAACAUAUUUGAAAAAUAAAUCAAUAAAGAAAAAUAGAGCAUGCGAA